AAUAAUUAUAUUGAAUCAUUUCAUGGGUUAUUUAUGGAGUGUGUUUCAUGAGCGUGUAGGAACCACUUUUUCAUGUUCUUGUUUCCGGUCGGACUGUAUCGUGGCAGGACCGGAAACAUGGCGUUCAACUUCGGCGGCGCGUCAGGCAGCGCUGGUCUUUCUGGCACUGGCUUUGGAGCCGCGACCACGACAUCCGCGUCCACGGGCUUCGGUUUCGGAUCCGGUAGCGCGGGUGCGUUCGGAGGAUUCGGCCCCACAACCACCUCCGCCGGCGCUGGAACCAGCUUCAAUUUCUCCACGCCGUCAAACGCAGGUACGAGUCUCUUCGGAAGCUCUCAGAACAAGGGCUUCGGCUUCUCGUCCGCUCUGGGUGCGAGUGCGGCGCCGGGGACGGGAUUCGGCACUCUGGGCGGAACCGGGCUGGGGUUCGGAGGAUUCGGGGGGAUCCAGACCAAUCAGACCCAACAAGGUGUAGGUGUAGGUGGUCUGUUCAGCCAGCAGGCGUCUCAGUCCAGUCAGCUGUAUAACACAGCCAGCGCUCUCUCCGCCCCGUCGGUCCUCAGCGAUGAGCGCGACUCCAUUCUGGCCAAGUGGAACCAGCUGCAGGCGUUCUGGGGCGUGGGGAAGGGUUACUUCAGCAGCAGCGCCCCGCCCGUGGAGUUCAGCCAGGAGAACCCCUUCUGCCGCUUCAAGGCGGUGGGCUACAGCUGUGUUCCCGGUGUGAAGGAUGAGGAUGGUUUAGUGGCUCUGGCUCUCAAUAAGAAGGAAGCUGACGUUCGCUCUCAGCAGCAGCAGUUGGUGGAAUCGCUGCACAGGGUUCUGGGAGGAAACCAGACGCUGACGGUGAACGUGGAGGGAGUGCGAGCGUUACCUGACGACCAGACGGAGGUGAUCGUUUAUCUGGUGGAGCGUUCUCCGAACGGCACGUCCAAGCGAGUUCCCGCGUCCACGCUCUAUAACUACAUGGAGCAGAUGAACGUGAAGUCUCAGCUGCAGCAGCUGGGCGUCUUCAUGACCGUCAGUCGGACCGCGCUGACGCCGGCGCAGCUGAAGCAGCUGCUGCAGAACCCGCCCGCAGGUGUGGACCCCAUCAUCUGGGAACAGGCCAAAGUGGACAAUCCAGACCCAGAGAAGUUGAUUCCAGUGCCCAUGGUGGGCUUCAAAGAGCUGUUGCGCAGACUGAAGAUCCAAGAUCAGAUGACCAAACAACACCAGACCCGAGUGGACAUCAUCUCCAACGACAUCAGUGAACUGCAGAGAAAUCAGGCCACGACCGCCGCCAAAAUCACACAGUACAAGCGCAAGCUCAUGGACCUCUCGCACCGAGUCCUGCAGGUGCUGAUUAAACAGGAAGUUCAGAGGAAGAGUGGUUACGCCAUCCAGCUGGAUGAGGAGCAUCUGAGAGUUCAGCUGGACACCAUCCAAUCAGAGCUCAACGCUCCCACACAGUUCAAGGGGCGACUGAACGAACUCAUGUCUCAGAUUCGGAUGCAGAAUCAUUUCGGAGCCGUUCGUUCAGAGGAGCGUUACCGUGUUGAUGCCGACCUGCUGAGAGAAAUCAAACAGCAUCUGAAGCAUCAGCAGGAGGGUUUGAGUCACCUGAUCAGCGUCAUUAAAGACGAUCUGAACGACAUCAAGACGAUCGAAGACGGACUUCACGACAGCAUUCACGGGCGCAGCAGCAAACUCAGCUGACGAUCAGCGUCCGUUCACUCCGUCUGUUACAUCCUGAACAUGAACUGAUCCCGUUCUCUGAACGUGAGACAAACGUCACUCAUCAGGAUUGUAAUGUUGACAGAUUUGUGUUGGAGCAGCGCAUUUAUUUUUACUUGUGCGUGUGAAUGUGUGCCUUCAGUCAGCUGGAGUAUUUUACUGUCUUUGAUUGAUUAAUAAAGUUUCACUGUAUGAA